UCCUAAAUCGAAUUCAGUUAAUAAUUAUACUCCUACUAAACAAAAUAAAUCUAAGAAUCAAUUUAUGUAAAGUUAAUACUGAUCUCGCGCUUCAUUUUCCAGUUCUCGACGCUUCAUCGUCAUUUUCCUUAGCGCUUUCUGAUUAAAUUCCAGUUGAACCGGAUCUGCAAAUCAAGCAAUUUGGACUCAUUAGCAGCAGUGCGGAUGUUCAACGAAUUGAGUGCUCUUCGUCUUGGAAGGAUCAUUAACAGAAGCGCGAGAAUAGUAGCUGGUGGAAAUUCCGUCACUUCAUACACUAGGAUAUCAGAGAAAGAACAAGGGCAGCAGCAUCCUAUGAAUUCAUCAACAUAUGAGGAUGAUUUUCCUCCACUUUCUGCCAAUAAAUCUAAACAGAGAACUAGAAUAGUCUUGGGCAAGUGUUCUAAACAGAAACCGGAAAUGGCUCAGAAUGUCGUUCCAUUGCAACGUAAAGCAUCUAACUCGAGCACUUCUUCUGGAGAGGAGUUGGUGAAUCUGAACAUAGGGCCAUUGCAACCUGAAGUAGCCAACUUGAUCACUGGUUCCAAACAGAAUUUGGAGGAGGUUCACAACAUCAGACCAUACCAUGAAGCUUCUACUUCAACUAGUGACCUUUAUGACGCAGGCUUGCCCACCAGCUUUGGGAAGAAGCAAGUUUAUCCUUCUAAAAGUCCGAAGGUUCACCAAACUCAUCAUGAACAGCGAGAGUCCAAGAGAAGACCGAAACCCUCUUCCAGUGUUCCAAUAGACGAGCCUUUUGAUAUAUGCCCUCAUCAAUCCUCGGAAUCUGGAAGUUGUGUGAAUAGGAUAACUGGAGGAGAAUUGUCUGUGACGAUACAGCCAGCCGAGGAGAAUAAGCAAAACAAAGGUAUUACCGAGGGAAAUGAUUCAGAAGACUUAGUUGAAGAGAGUGAAUUGGUAUUGGGGCCUGGAAUGGUUUUACUCAAGCACCAUAUUCCCUUCUUGGAGCAGGUGAACAUUGUAAACAAGUGUCGAGAAUUAGGUUGUGGUCCUGGGGGGUUUUAUCGACCCGGUUAUAAUGAUGGUGCAAAACUGCGUUUGUAUAUGAUGUGUUUGGGUCUAGACUGGAAUCCCCAAACAGCAAGCUAUGGAGAGAGGCGCUGCCACGACAAUGCUGCACCUCCUCUUCUUCCUAAUGAGUUUAUUUCUUUAGUGUGCAGAACACUUGACCAUUCCCACAGUCUAAUAGAAAGAAACCUGAUGGUUGACAAUGUUGACGAUGUACUCCCUAAAAUGUCUCCUGAUGUGUGCAUUGUCAACUUCUACACUAGCAGCGGGCGGCUUGGCCUCCAUCAGGAUCGAGAUGAAACAAGGGAGAGUCUUGAUAAAAGGCUACCCGUUGUGUCAAUCUCCAUUGGCGAUUCAGCUGAAUUUCUAUAUGGCGAGCAGAGAGAUGUUAACAAGGCUAAAAGCGUCACACUAGAAUCAGGAGACGUGCUGAUCUUUGGUGGUGAAUCAAGGCAUAUAUAUCACGGGGUGAAAGCGAUUGUUCCCGAUACAGCUCCUCCUGCCUUGCUGGAAAUGACAGGACUUCAACCAGGUCGCCUCAACCUCACUUUCAGAAAAUAUUGAGUUUUUCCCUUGGAAAUUAUGAUGUCUUAGUUCUUCACUGUUAAGUAACUUCUUUCAACAUGAUUAUUUAUAUGUAUAUGAUCCGUUAUGAUUCUGGUGAAAGUUCAAUUUGGAAGCUUUGGUUUUGAUGUUCAUAAUACAGCAUCAUGUGGCCUAAUUUUGAACUGCCUUCUGUCUUGAUGAUAAUAAUGUUUUAUUCCAUCUUA